UGAAGGAAGAACUGUUUUUUUUAAUAAUCGGUAUUUCUGUCCGGAAUAUUGUCGUGUGACACAUGACAACAAAAAUACGGAAGGAGGAAGAAUCAGGUGACACAAACUCGCGUACAGCGGCACUGUGUUAUCGGUUUAACCACCUUUCAUCAUGGAGGACCAGGAGAUGCAGCUGAAAGUUAGAAGAGUGACCGAUAAGUUUACGGAGAGCAUGUACGUCCUGGCUAACGAGCCGUCAGUGGCUCUCUACAGACUGCAGGAGCACGUCAGGAGGUCCCUGCCUGAACUGGUGCAACACAAGACAGACAUGCAGAGCUGGGAGGAGCAGAGUCAAGGAGCCAUCUACAGUGUAGAGUAUGCAUGCAGUGCUGUGAAGAGCAUGACGAACAGUAGCGUGUAUUUCAAAAACAUUGACAGCCUCCUCCGUCAAGCCAUCAGCAUGAAGGAACAGAUUAACAACUCGCAAGGACGCAGUUUAAGUGAUGUGACCCCCUCUCCCAGUCCCCUUGUCCCUGCUCCACAUGCCCCGUCCACUUCCUCAUGACCUCUGGACAGAGGUGUCCAAGAAAAAGGACUAUGGACUCAGGAAUGCUGAAGGAAGGGGGAGAAAAGCACAGCUCUGGGAUGUGAUGUGACUUCCUGAGCCGGUGGUGUUGCUGCUACAGUCGCUUGCUCUGCUACCUCUUGAUUGAGUCUGAAGGGGGGUCGUAAGGGCGACACCUCCUCAUCACAAUGGAGUGACUGCCUCCAGUGACCCCCACAGUACAAGCCGCUCAGUGGAACAGCGCACCACAGCACUGCCAGGUUCAGCAUUAGAAACACUUAAGUCAUGGACGCUGCUCAAAGAAUGCAUUGUUCUCUCAGACUCACUGGACGGACCAGAGAGAAAGCAGACGUGCUGCUUUUGCCUCUGCCGUUGAAAAUCCACUGCACCGCCAAUGUUUUGGACACACUUUCAGGUCUUUGUGAGUUUCUUGUUAAAGUACCCUGCAUGCAAAUUAUAAAAACUCAACACAUACUCAAGGAAAUGACAAAAACGUGGCCUAGAAGGCAAUAACAGGUGCCCAGUUCUAACCUGUAUUUAAGGAUAAAAUAUCUGUAUACUGCCAGAUUAGCCACAUUCUUAAAGAGAAAAUCCAGAUUCUUACAAAAUAAGAAAAUCUUAUUUUUCAUUCUUUUGUUCUUACCUGCCAAAUAGACAGAAACACCGAGGCAGAACAGUCCAAUAGCCACAUGUCGUACAGCUCUGCUAUCCAAAAGGAACCAGUCUGCUCUGUGGACACAAAUGUCAUAUGUUUAAUGUUGUUGCUCAGACCUUGAUGUUUUACACUUUAAAACUGCUACUGUACUUUUCUCUUCAGUGCAUAAAUGAAGAUGAUUUUAUCCAACAA